AUGAGUACAAGUCCAUCAUCUCGUAAUAAUACAAAAAAAAUUAAUAAAAAUACAAAUAAUAAACAUCAACAAUCAUCAUCAUCGUCAUCAUCAUCAGUAGCAUCUCCAGCUUUUCCACGUUAUUUACCUCAUGCUCUUUUAUUACGUGCUACUGAACGUUAUCAACGUACACCAAAAUGUGCACGAUGUAGAAAUCAUGGUGUUGUAUCAGCAUUAAAAGGUCAUAAACGUUAUUGUAAUUGGAAGGAUUGUGUUUGUGCUAAAUGUACACUUAUUGCUGAACGACAACGUGUUAUGGCUGCACAAGUUGCUUUACGACGACAACAAGCACAAGAAGAAAAUGAUGCUCGAGAAUUAAGUGCUAUUUAUGGUACACCAGCAGAAGCAAUUUUAGCAUUACGACGAUCACUUCAUGCAACUGCUGAAGGUUUAGCAACAACAUCAACUGUAUUAGAUGUUGAAGAAGGUGAUACAAGUAAUGAUGAAGAUAAUUCAAAUGAUGUUGUUACUGUUGAAAAAGGUUCAACAUAUAAUAGAAUAAAUGAUAAAGAUGUUGAUGAUGAAGAUACAAAUAGCAAAAGUCCUCAUCCAUCAUCACCACCUGAUAAUCGUUCAACAAAAUUGGCAUCUACUUCACCUCCUGCUGUUCGAUCAACAGAUGAAAUUGUUCCUGAUCGUCCAACAUCGCCUAUUUCACCAUCAUCAUCACCAAUCAUAAAAGAAGCAGUUACAAAUCAAUCAGUUCAACAACUUUUUCCUCUUCCAUCAAAUGAACAUGAAAUGUCUGAAGCUGUUAAACGUGUUAUUGCUAGUGUCUAUAGUGAAGCAACUAAAUCAGCAUUUAGUCCAAUAAUGGCAUCAAAUUAUUUAAAUCAUCAUCAUCAUCAAAGUCGUUUUUUUGCUGCACCUUAUCCUCCACCUCAUCCUCUUUAUUUUCAUCAUCCACCUCCACCACCAAUUCCAUCAUCAACAUCUAUGAGUAUUUUAUCACGAGCAACAUCAUUAGGAGGUGUACCAAGACAUCAAUCACAUCAUCAUCGAUGUAUAUUACCAUUUUGCACAUGUAAACUUGUUACACCAUCAUCAUCAUCAUCGACAAACUAA